CCCGACAGGCAGCAGAGGAGGUGCGAACUUCCCGCCGUUGUCUCCAGCAAAUUCUUAACCAAACCCAGGGGAACUGACUCAGGUUCUCUGUGAACGUGCAGACGAGAGGAGAGCUUUGUCCUUAGGACGCGGGCCGCCGGGAAGGAAGAGCCACUGUUGCAUUUGCCCCCUGGGGCUCGGCGGUGGCGGGCUCUGCUUGCCCGGCAGGAGCCGAGCUCAGCUCCCCCCCUGGGGGCGGGACCGAGCCGCUCCCUCCGCCCCACAAAUUGCUGCCACUGCUUCAGCCGGGCGCUCAGACGCCGCCGCCGCCGCCGCCGCAUCCCACGGCAGAGGCGGCCGCGAGCUCGAGCCGCGUCGCAGCUCCGUGCCGCAGAGAGGCCGGCAGGCGGCACCGCGAGGGACCUGGCCCGGCGCCGCUCGCAUCCCUGGCGCGCAGCUGGUACGUAACCGGGCGGACUGCGAGCGGGUGAUCCUAGAGCGAGGAGGCAGGGAGAGGACUCGGGGAGUUGGGAGAGACUGAGCGUGCAAACGUGGGCCAUGAGAUACUGAAAACCACGCAAGACAGAUCUGGGAAGUCGGGAAACCGUAAAAUCACCGAGACCGCAUCUGGGCAAGAAGGAUAAAGACUGAAGAGAAACUGUCCCUGAGUGGGUGGAAGAAUAAGAAACCAUAUGAGAAGUUGGGUAUAGGAACAAGGCUAAAUAUGUCCUCGUUUGACUUUUAAAAGUCUCACAAGGAAAGACUUUUCAGCUUCACCCUUCACCUGUCUUAGAAAUAACAACAUAUCAUAAUCAGAGAUUUCACCUGGGCCACAGGCCACGGGCCACCAUGGAUGUGAACCUUGACGCCCUUGGGGGUCAAAAGAAAACAAACGACAGCAGCAAGGGAAGCGACAGCCCAGAAGCCCAGCAAGAUGCUGUGACAAGGACAGAUUCAUCGGAGAUGACUGAUGUGGAAUCUGUGAUCAGCAGCUUUGCAGCUUCAGCAAGGGCAGGCCGCCGCAAUGCCUUACCUGACAUCCAGAGUCCAGCAGCCACAGGUGGAUCCUCUGAUCUUCCACUGAAGCUGGAGGCAUUGUCCAUGAAGGAAGAUGUUAAAAAGAAGAAUGAAGAGAAAGCACAAGACCAACUGAAAAAGCCCCUAAAUGAAGAAAAAUGAACACUUAGAAUUUAUCCAGGGUGUUGAUUUUGUUCACAUUGGGAGAUGUAGUGUGUAUGCAUUCCUGAAGUGUUUGAUCUGGUAGUAGACGUGGUAAUGUGUGUGUUUUAGGUCAUUUUGUUGUGAUACUCUGUCUUUAAACCACAACCAUGAUACACAAAUAGGUUAUAAAAAGGUAUUAUUUUGAAAUUGCACCCAACGAAGAACACACUGUUUAUAUGACCAACAAAAAUCCACUGUCUAUCUUGGGAUUUACUUAGUCAGAUAUGUGUUUAAUUAUGUUCUUACUGAGAUAGAAAUUUUUCUUGAUAUGCAUAAACAGAAACCUAGUAAUUUAAUACUUUGUAGAAUUUGUAGGAAAUUAUAUUUUUUGGUGAGAUGGAAUUAAUAGUAAAUAUCACACGUAUAAAAUGUGUUGAUUUUUUUUGUCAAAAUUAUACCAUGUUUUCCCCAAAAAGUUAAGAGUGUUCUGGAAAUAGUGUAAGAGCUGUGACAACAUAAACAUUUCUAGGAUGUUUUCAUCUGAUGUAUUUUGCAUCUAGUCUGUGUAUACUGUGAUUUUUCAUAUGGACCCACAGAAUGUAAAAUUUGUGGCAAAUUGCUUAUAUGAAACAUGUGUAAUAAAUAAAUUCCACUAUAUUCCUUAA